UUAUCAAUGAAGAGGCUUUCGAACAUAAACGCCUUAAAAAUUCCCAAUCGUUUCAUACAAUCGCUUGUUUUCUUUAGAGCCAGGCUGUUUUAUCUAAACUAAAACAAAACUUGUCAUCAAGAAUUGUCUGGUUACGGGAUUUUCUUUUAGUGGAAAGUAAUAAAAAGGAAAAAUCAAAUUUAACUCUUCAACAAUCACCAUGAUGACUCUAUCAGAUCCUUCAGGUGACGAAGAUUCCGGCAGCGAUGAGUCUGUUAAUGUACAGGCCAAGAAACGGACGCGCGUUGACACUUAUUCUGGCAGUGAUGCAUCCCCAGUCCCCCAAAAACGGUCCCGGGCGGAUACUUAUGCUUCCACUACUUCUCAUGGCUCAGUUUUACAUGAAUCAGAUGAGGAACCAACAAAUAUUCCUCAAGCGAAUUACUCAAGAGCAGAACUUCCCCGAAGUCUCACGGAUAACAGCCCUGGUAGCAGGAGAAGUAGAAGUAGUUCAAGUGAAAAUUGUUCAUCACCUAUAUCAGAUCAGUAUCAAGAUUACCAACCAUCUCUUGAUGAUAAUGUUGAAAAUGGAGAAACCUCUUUGCGGCUUAGCUUUCAAGAUACAAAUGAUAACAAAUUUUAUGGUAAAAGUCCUGAUGAAGUUGAUCAUGGCACUGGAUCAUUUGGUAGUGGUUUUUCAGAAAAGUCUAAACGUAUGAUGAGUAUGAUGGGUUUCAAAGUAGGGAAAGGUUUGGGUAAAUUUGAGCAUGGUCGUGUAGACCCGGUUGAGGCUUCCACUCAAAAGGGAAGAAGAGGUUUGGGAUUAAAGCCCUCCGUGGUUGGUCAAGUACCUCAGAAUUUCAAAUGGUCACCAGAUGAUGCUGAGCCAGAAGCUAAGGAGAUAGUAGAUUGGAUGCCACCAGCACCACAAGAAACUCUGUCUGGUGACAUUUUAGACAAGUGGCUUAGUUUUGGGCCAAAAAAAUUAACUAUAGAUGAUGAAACAGAUUUUGUUGAUGUACAAAUACUAAAAGGGGUUCUUGAUGCAAAGACUAUAUUUGAUAGCUUGGAUGAUGAAGAUUUGAGACAUGCUCGAUUUAGGAGUAAUCCAUAUGAGACAAUUGGUGCAGUUAUAUUUUUAAACAGGGCUGCAGUAAAGAUGGCCAAUUUGGAUGCUGUUUUCGAUUUUAUAUUUACUAACCCCAAAAAACGAAAUAGUAAGGAACGUGCGUUGGAUGAAAAGGAAUUGCUUUAUUUUGCCGAUGUUUGUGCUGGCCCUGGAGGCUUCUCCGAAUAUGUUUUGUAUCGUAAGGGAUGGAAAGCUAAAGGUUUUGGUUUCACCCUGAAAGGUCGGAAUGAUUUUAAACUGUCUGAUUUUUAUGCGGGUUCUCCAGAGACCUUUAAUCCAUAUUACGGUGUCAAUAACGAUGGCAACAUAUUUGAUCCGGAUAACCUGGAGUCCUUGAAGGAGCAUGUUUUGAGACAGACUGAUGAUAUUGGAGUUCACUUCUUAAUGGCAGAUGGAGGCUUCUCUGUGGAGGGUCAAGAAAACAUACAGGAGAUACUUUCCAAGCAGCUGUACCUAUGUCAGUGCCUAGCCGCUCUUAUGCUGGUACGCACGGGUGGACAUUUUGUCGUCAAACUCUUUGAUGUAUUCACACUUUUCAGUGUUGGACUUAUUUACAUUAUGUAUAGAUGUUUUGAUAAAGUGUGCAUCCACAAGCCCGUGACGUCACGUCCCGCAAACUCCGAAAGGUAUCUGAUUUGCCUGUGGAAGAGGCCAGGCACGGAGGCCGCAGAAAACCACCUCUUUAAAGUAAACAAGAUGCUUGGCAAGGCGGCGGAGGACGAACAUCCGCAUGAUAUCCCACAACUGGUACCACUCAGCGUUAUGCAAGAGGAUACCGAAUUCUACAACUAUAUUUAUAAAAGCAAUUGUGUACUUGGUGAAAGGCAAAUAAAGAACUUAUUAAAAAUUGCAGCCUUUAGUAAAGACAAAAGUUUAAAAGAGCCGUGUCAAGCAAAAAUGAGGGAGGAGUGUUUGAAACUGUGGAAUUUGCCAGAUCAAGUCAGAAUACAUCCUGAAAGGCAUGGACCGGAAGACACUCUCAAGUGCAUGCUCUCCCUUGUAAAGACCCCGCUGCCAGAGUCACACAACAACCAAGGCUUCAGGACCAAUGUGCUUAAUAAGAAACCAGUGUACUUGGAACAUCCCGCUGAAUUGAACAACUUCAGACACGUUUAUGACUGGCACUGUACCUUUGUGAGCAGCAGUAAAACAGAAUCCUGUUUGAGGAUAUUUAUGGGUUGUGGAGGCAGACAAGUGUACCAGUUGGAGGAAAACGGAUGGCGCCUGGUUACUGAACUGCAACGGGCCAUACCGGCCAACACACUCAUAUAUGGAGAGAUUGUUAAGGAGUACAGAGGCGAAGGUAAUCAGCAAUUGUUUACAAAGGCUUUACAUGUCAUAGAUGGGAUGGUUCUUGGUGGAAUUGAUAUUACACAUAUGUCUUUGUCUAACAGGAUCAACCAAUGCGACUUAUUUUGUAACGCCCUUAAUAAGCCUUUUGAUAGAAAUGCUAUGCCAAUAAGAUGUAAGAGGUUUUUCAAUAUGGAAAAUUUCCCCACAUUUAUCAACCACUUGCAAAUUCACGACAUGAAGCGCAACAAAAGGGCAGUGAUUAUGGACACUCCGAACAGGAUAAAUGGGAGUGGCAUGUUUUAUACUGUAGGCUCAGUUUUAUUCUUGAAGGAAAUUAAAGAGCCCUGGAUAGCACAAAUGUCGAAGAAUUUUAAUAAGAAAUAUUACUUUUGUGUCGGAAAAGACAAGAAACCUCGAAGUGAAUAUAUUUUGCUGCCAGAAGCUACAUUGGAUAUGAUAAGAGCGUACAUGGGUAGGGUUAUGUGGUCUUGGGACCAGCGCGCGUGUGCUAUUUUUGAAGGUAAGACAGGGCCGGAAAUAGGGGUGUCGCGAGCAGAUGUCGAACAUUACGUUUUAAAGAAUACUGGCAAGGCGUAAAAUUAAUUUAAAUUUGUCCUUUAAAACGCCGCCGUUAUUAUAAACCAUUAAAUUCUUUUUAUGUUUGCACUAGUUAAGUCUUGGGCGGGAGACAUUUGACAACUGGGAGGACAAAAAUUUGCGAAAUAUAAUUUUAUUUGUGAAUUAUUAACUUGUGUUAUUUAUUAUGGAUAAUUUGAUGCGAUACAUUCAAUUGACAAGUACUUUUUACUUAUUUUAUUAAUCUACACAAUUGAAAGCAAUUGAUUCUUAUGAAAGUUCAUAUCUUAUAAAAUCAAACAUAGCUAUGAAUGUCGUGUAGAUCGGUUAGAUUUAAGGCCCCUUAAAUCCCAUCAGUUAAAUGAAAUUUAGAAACGCAGGCACACAUUGACAUAAUCGACUUCAACGCUAUCUAUCAACAACACUUGUGACCAAUUUGUGACCACAGAUGGCGCACGUGGUGAGACAAAAUUGAAAUAAAAGACAUAAUCUGAUAUUAGACACGUCAUGAUUGACAAAAACAUAGAAAAAAAAAUUAAAACAUUUGAGAUUUCUUUGAAAUAUUUUUAUUUAUAAAUUUAAAAUACAAAUCAGUAAAAAUAUCAUAGGUAUAUAAGUAUAAAAAACAAAAACUUACGUUAAAGUAUAUUAAAACGGAUAUGGAUACGAUAAAUGAUAUGGAUGUGGAUAAUAAAAACUAAUUAGAUUUUAUUAUCCACAACAACUAGCUGUGCCCGCGACUUCGUCCGCGUGGAUUUGUUAUAUUGGGAAUCAUUCAAGGAUGAAUAAUUUUCCCCUUUUUUUACAUAUUCCAUUAUUUCUUUGCUAAUGCACAUAGAGUUGCGGGCAACAGCUAGUACAAAAGUUACGCUAACAUUUUUACACGAGUUUUUUUUUGUCUUUAGCUCAUCAAAGAAAGUAACAUAAAUAGAAAGAAACUGCGUAAGAUUCACAAAAACACACAUGUCCUUGUAUUUUGAAAUUAUUAAGUAGGUAUUCUAACUAGGUACCUACCAACCUAAGACCAAUGUUGAUGGAAAGAUAUUGGUAUCACUCAAUCAAUACAUUAGUACAGCACAAAUUAUAUUAUUUGAGCGUAUAUACCUAACAUUAGUACCUACCUUAAUUGUAAUAAAAUAAGAUUGUGCAACGAUGUUUACAAAUUAGAAACCUACAUUUCUACCUUCAAUAAGAGUCAAAAAACUAAAUUUCUUACCUUGUAUACACGAAGCAUAUGAUUGGCGUAUGUGAACUUUUUACAUCUCUUCACAGGAAUCACUUUAUUACACUUUAUAAACAACAAUACUUCUAAAAAUAAUAAGAAAUUUUACACAAAAACAAAGAUUUAAUAAAGAAUUUACUUGAAAACUUUUUGCGAUUUCGCGUUCUUUUGGUUUAUCGGGUGACGACAAGCGACACGUCCGUAUAGCAUCGGGCCUCGGCCAGGUAUGUCUGUACACGGGCGCUCACGCACACAUGCGUACGAAAAGCCCGUAGAAACAAUAUUUUGUGUUUUUCAUAACAGUAUUAUGCUAGUAAAUUGUUUGAUACAUAAGGUAAUGCCAAAAUAAUGUAUGCUUAGGUACAUUUUUACAAAGUUCUAUUCAUUGAAAGAUAUUUUUAAACCUACGUUUGUGAUUUUUUUCUAAUGAGUCAAAAUAUUGAUAUCAUGUUUUGAGAUUUCAAUUUUUUUUUACAUAAUAUGUACAUAUUAUGACAUAUUAUGUCUCCUAGAAAGAAAUUUAUUUUUUUGAAAAAAAAUGCAGGGAAUCAUCUACACGACGCAUUAUAAAAUUCUCAAUUAGCUAAUUAAUGUAAUCGUCGUAAGAAAGAGUCGUCACUAUUACUUGUUGUAAUUGUCAAAGACUUCAAAGCUUUUGAAUUUCAACAAAAAAGCUGUCUAAGCUAAAUUCUGUCUUUAUAUUGUGUCGAUAGGUAAAUAUUUUUUUUUGUGUCCAUAAAUGUUUAAAUAAGUAAGCAAAGAAAUAUAGUCAGCGGCUAGUCUAAUGGUCAAUUUCCGCUCUGUCUGCGCGUGUUAGGGACCUCAAUUAAUUGUUUUCUGUUAUACAUAUUUUGAUACAAGUGAUUACUAUGUUUGAACCCCGCCAGAACAAUCUAAGCAUUGUCGCGUUACGGCAUGAGACAUUAGACAUUUAAGUUACCAACUUUUUGUUUUAUCCUUUCUAUUUAAUGUAUUGAAGUCUCGCCGAUAUCGACGUAUCUAAUAUGUAAGCACUUCAUAUGAGGAAUAUUUCUAUAUUAUAUUUAUCAUUUUACACGCUAUUAACAACUUGUGUUACAAAAGUGACCGAGGCUCAAUUCCGAAUUUACUAAAUUUGCUGGCGAUGGUGAAGUAAUGGAACAAUCCGUCAAGUCAUGCAAAAGUUUAAAGGCUCUUAACAAGUUCUCAGUUUUUUGAUCAAUCAUCUCUUCUCUCUUUUUUAAAUUAACUACUAGAUAAGUAAUAUUAUUUUAAAUUGAAGGUCUUGUUCAAUCAUCUCAUUCUAGAGAGUCGCUUUUAUUCCCUUUUUUAACCUUGUUUUUUGUAAAUGGUUGGUAUAAAAUUCAAUAGUUAGAUACAUGUUAAAAAUCAAUAAACAAAGCCAUUUAGUAAACACACAUUACAUUUAUUCCGCUUGGAGAACACUAUCCGACUUUAUUUUUUAAUCUUGGUAGGUACCUAUCUACCUAACCUACCCUUAAGUGCAUUUUGUAUUAUUUAAUUACUUUCUGAUUAUUAUGUUUUAAAUAUAUAAACAUUUAUCAGGAAGACUAAAGAAAAGUGAUUGUUUUUAAUAUGGACUGUUGAAAAUUAAGAUAAGUUUAUGCUAUAUUAUACUCAAAUAAAAUGUGUAUAUUUUUCAA